AUGAAAGAAAAAUAUAAAAAUUAUCGAAGUGUAUCUGCUUUUUUGAGAGAUGGAAAUGUGUUUGAGACACAUGAUACCAUAAAUGAUGAACAGGAGGCUGAAAAAUGUGCAGCUUUUUUUAACACUAAUAAAAAUAUGUUUACAAAUUUGUUUGCAAAUUAUAAUGUUAAUACCAGUGUAAGUGAUUUAUUGAAUAGGGAAAUAAAAAAUGAUAAUAGUGUUCUAAAUUUGAUCAAAUCAAAAGAAUAUAAAAAUAAAAAAAGUUCAUUAAAUAAAAAUAUAGAAUGUAAUCUAAAUUCAUUAAAAAAUGAUAACUCAUUUGUAAAAAAAGAAUGGAUAAAGAACUUUUGUUGGGCUUGCUCUUUAAAUUUGUUAGACGAAAUUUUAGAAGAGGAAAUAUAUAAAGAAAAAAAAAUUAACUAUGUAUAUGAUAUAAUUCGUGAUGAAAAUACCUACUUCGAUACGAGUUCCUUCAUUAGUGUUCCAUAUGAAUUUACACGAUUUAUUUUAUCACAAAUGGAAAGUAAUGAAUUAAAGACUAUUAAAAUAAAUAAUAUGAUCAAAGAAGAAAAAUAUUUAUUUAAAAAGUUUUAUAAAAAUCGUAAAAAUAACAAUAAAUGUAAUAUAAAUAAAUGCAAAACAUGCGACGAUACAUCAAAUUCAGAUUCAUCAAGUGUAAGUUAUAGCAGUAGUACAGACAAAAAUAACAAUGACACAAAUGAUGACAACUUAAGUAAGAAUUAUAAUAAUUAUUCUCAUAUCAGGGAAAAACUAUUUAAUUAUCAUAAUUCUAAUAAAAAACAAAAAUAUAUAUAUAAUGAUUAUGAUUUGUUUUACAAUAAGGAUCUUUCAUUAGAAAAAAAUUUGAACAAUUUAAAAAAAUCUAAUGAUGAAAGUUUGCUGAAUAAAGAGCGAAAAAAGAACCAAAUACAUAAAACAGCGAAAAAUAAAAAACUAUAUAAAAAAAAUAGACAAGAAAAAGGAAAACAUAAUAUUUUAUAUAAUAAAAUGAGCAUGAGUGAUGACAAUAAUUAUGAGUAUAGUCAAAUUUAUAAACGUACAAAUCAAGAUAAUGAACAUGUAUGUGAAUAUAAAAAUUGUGCAAAAUCAAUAUUAUCAUAUAAUAGAAAUUCCAAAUCAGGCAUGUUAAAAAUGGAUAGCAAAAACUAUCAUAAGAAAAAAAACAUUAACUGUAAUAGUAAUGCAUUUUUUAAUACAACAAAUAUAAAACAUUUAAAUAAAAAAAGACACACAGAUCGUUUCCAAUAUUAUUUAAACGAUAUAGAAGAAAAUAAUAGUUAUAAAUAUCUACAGCGUAAUAAGCGAAUAAUAAAAAGAAGCAAAUCUAUUUGCUCGAUAUUAAGAACAAAUGAUGAUAAAAAUAAUAACACACAAAAUGACAAAGAGGAUUUAGAAGGAAAAAAAAAAGAGAUUGAUAUGGGUAUAUUUGAUUCUGGAAAAAAUUUUAAUAAUCCUAUUGAUCGAAAUAUACACUCUGAGGAUAUAGUUGAGCAUAUGAUAAACAACGAAAAAUAUGAUAUAAAAAAUAAUUAUAAUAAAAGAAUAUAUUAUAAAUAUAUAAAUAAUUUAAAUUAUAUUAAAGAAUUUUAUUAUAUUGCAGAAACUAAGAAAAAAAAACCAUUUCCUUUAUUCCUAUAUAAUAAUAUUAAAUUGAUUGAUAUUGUGAAGCAAUGCCCUAAAUGUUAUUGUUUUUUUAACAAACUGGCUUGCCAUUGUAUAGGAUGCAAAAAGAAAUACAAUAUGAAAUAUAUGAAGCCGCAUUAUUUUAUAUUUCAACAUGGUUUAACUGCAAGUGUAUGGGAUUUCCAAAAUAUAAUUAAUCCUUUAUUAAGAAAAUAUCCACCUAUUUAUAUAUAUGUAGCAUAUAGUUACCAAGGGCACACAUUUGAAGGUGUUGAUGUUGGUACUGAAAGAAUAUGCUCCGAAUUAACAUAUUUAUUUAGAACCAUAAACAAUGAUGAUAUAAAUAUAUCUAUGAUAGGGCAUUCAUUAGGAGGAGUAUUAAAUAGAUAUAAUUUAGUUAAUUUAUAUAGAAACAAAAUCCUUAAAAAAAAAAAAUUUAUUAAUUUUAUAACUUUUGCAUCCCCACAUAUUGGCGUUCAUGAAAAUAUUCCAUUUAUUAAAACUUUAUCAGCAUUUUUAGGGUCACACACAGUUGAUGAUUUAAAUAAUAAAUCUAACGCUUUGUUAAAGAUAGGAAAUAUUGAAGGUGUAAAUAUGUUAAAAAAGUUUGAAAAUAUAAUAUUUUAUGGGAAUACGCAUUCAGAUUGGUUAGUAGGUAUUAGAACAUCUUUAGUUUUGCCUUAUACAAUAUUUAAUAAUGAACUUUUAUCAUAUAUAAUGAAUAAAGCCCAGAAAUUGCCAGAUGUUCCGUUAAAUAUUUUUUCAAUUGUCCAUUUAUAUAUGCGCGAAAAAAAAUUAUUAUUUUUUCAUUUUUAUCAAAAUAUAAAUAAUCCAAAUUAUUUAUUAAAUAAAAGAAAAAAUCAAAGUAGAUUUUUAUAUAAAAUGCUACAAAAUAUUUUGUCAUCGACUAAAUUGUUAGGAUCCCAACAAAAAAAAAGAGUGAGUAUUUAUAUAGAUGAUUAUGAAAGCUAUGAAAAUAAUAAUAAAACAACCAAAAAUAUAGAGUAUAUAUACUCAAGUUCAUCAUGCAAAAAGGAUAUAUAUGGAAACAAAAUACCAUUUUUUACAAAAGAAAAAAAUAAUAAUAAACUUAGUUUAAAUCAAAAUAAUCUACUAUUCAAUGAUGACUUAGAAUUACUAUCAGAAAAUAUGAGUAUCGAGUCAUUAUCAGACAGCUUAAAAAGUGAUAAUAAUAAAGAUAGAUAUAAUUUAGAAAAUAGUAUUGAAAUAAUCCAAUUUAAUUAUAAUAAAAAAAAAACUAAAAACGCAAAUUCUUCAGUUGUAGAGGAUGAGAAAGUAUCCUCUAUUAAAUCAAUUUCAUUGGAAGAUGUUUUUCCAUGUGAUAAUAAUGAGGAAAGCAAUUUUAUUAAUAUGAAAGUAUCAAAAAAUAGUAUUGAUAAUUCUUAUCCACACAUUAAAAAUGAAGAAAUUCAUAUAAAAAAUAACACUUAUAAAAUUAUUACUAGUAAUUAUGUGGAGGAAUCUGAAAAAAGGGAACUUUUGACUACUGAUUUGAAUAAAUAUAUGGAUUAUAGAAAUACAGAAAGUGAAAAUAUAAGUUACUCUAAUAAUAUUAGUGAUAAAAUUAGUAAUAAAAAAAAUGAAGAAUUAUACGAUAAUCGUGAGCCUAAAAAUAGUGACACUAUUAGUGGAAACAUUGAAGAUGGUAAUAAAAAGAAAGAAACAAUGAAAAAUUAUAAAUAUUUUGAAAAAUUAUUUUUCCAAUGCUUGAAAGAAAGAAUAUUGUAUGAUAUAAAAACAUUAGACGAUAAUUUUAAAAAAGAAAGUAAGCCAACUAAAAAAAAAAGUGAAACGGGUAAAAUGCUUCUUCAAAAUACUAUUAAUAUAAUAAAAAACUAUAGUUUUUUAAAUUAUUCAAAAAAUAAUGACUACACUAGUAUAAGCAAUAUUAAUAAUAAUACAUUAGACAUAUGUGAUGAAAUAAGAUCAUUUAAAAGCGGUACCAAUUUUGAAGAUAAUAAUAUAUCUAUUAACGAGGAUCAAAGUGAUAAAACAAAUUUUGAAAAAAAUAACAAAGGCAUAGACCAAUCAUCCCUUAGUAAUAAUAAUCAUAAUGAAGAAUAUAAUUAUAUAAGUGAAUUUUUUCAUACAUCUUCUGAUGAUAAUUGUGAGGGAAACGAAGAUAAUUCCAACACAAUGUCUAAUAAAUAUAUAUCACCGAAUAUAGUUGAAAAUAAUAAAGCUCAUAAAACUGAAUUGAAGGAUAUGGAAAAUAGUGAAUGGCGUCAUAGAGAUACUGAUUGGAAUAAUAAUGAAAGUAUAAAUAAUAUAAUAAAAAAGAAAAACCCAAAAAAUAAUUUACUUAAAGGUAUUACAAAAGACGAUAAAAUAAAAUAUAAGAAAAUAUUACGUCAUAUUUAUUCAAUAUCAAAUGAAGAGCUAAUUGAAAAUUUUUUUAAAAAUCCUGAUCUAAUUUAUUUUGAAGUCGCGCUAUAUUGUUUAUAUGAGUUACCAAUACAACGAUAUUGUAUUUCUAUGCCACCAUAUCCAAACGCCCAUGUCCAAAUUAUUGCACACCCAAGAAUAUGCCCAAAAGAAUCCACUAUCAUAAAUCACCUUAUUGAACGUUUGAUUCUUUAA